UGCGCUGUUUAGGGUCAUGAGUGUUCAGUGACCGGUGUAGGUUUCCUAAACUCCGCCAAAUCAAACUGCGACUCCGUUUUCACAAUGUUGGCUUGUAAUCGCAGUUUGACCAGCACUGUGGCGUCUGCGCUCCGUGUUGUGCGCAGUAACCAGGCUGCUGGCUCAGGACAGCUGCAGAGACCUCUGUCUACGCAAACUGACGGAGAGGUCCGCAUCGUAAAGAUACUGAGGGAGAAGUUCCCUUCUGCCUCGUCGCUCAAAGUUGUGGAUAUUUCAGGUGGCUGUGGGGCCAUGUAUGAGAUCCACAUAGAAUCCAGUGAGUUCAAAGGAAAAAGGACUGUUCAGCAACACCAGUUAGUCAAUCAGGCACUCAAAGACGAGAUUCAAAAUAUGCACGGGCUGCGAAUAUUCACGGAUGUCCCAAAACAUUAGAGAAAAGACCUUGCAUUUCUGACCCACACACUUCUCCUUUGUUCACUCUAUCUGGUAUGAAUGUACACCUGUAUAAAGGAUAUUAAGUAAUAAAUGAAUUCUGUGACAGAUGUUAAUGCAGCAGUGGCAGAAACGCACAGUACCAUAUCUGUGCCAAUUACACACUGACAGUGUGAAAUGUGUAAUACAUGUAUGAUUACUCUGUCUUUAUCACAAGUGAGUUAUCAUGUACUCUCAGAUAAUAUAUUAAACCAAUGAAAGCUGUGAUACGCACAAAAUGGCUUGGUAACAUGUUAGCAAAGUGUCAAGUCAUGUAGGCUCUUCCCAGUGUGGGAUGUCCUCAGGGUUGAUGGUGAUGCUGGCGUAAUAGUAAGAAGUCCAAUAAGUUAUAAAAAUAUGAAUCACUAAUGGUGAAGAAUAGCUACAGACUCUAUUUUGAAGUGGGGAUGGAUCUGUUUAUGGAGCAUUACUUUGCAAUGUCAUUAACACUGACCACACUCUGUUACUGUGUAGCUUAAGAUGAUUGAUUUCUAAAUUAGUUCCUGGCAUUGGAUUGUACUUUGCUCCUGUGUUUAUGCUACCUAUGAAUUUAUAAUGUACCUUGCAAUAAAA